UUUAAGCGCCCUAAACUGCGUGCAUGUUUACAAUUGCUUACGAUGGAACAAGAGCUAAUCGACAUUGAGUGCUAUCGCAAAUCUGUGCAAAACUACAUAGAUCUGCGUCGGUACCAGACGGCUCUGUUUUGGGCCGAAAAGGUAACAGUUCUUAGCAAUGGCGAACCGCGCGAUGUGUAUUGGGAGGCACAAUGUAUGUUUUUGCUGCGGGAAUUCCAGCGUGCAGCGUAUGCCAUUCGAAGUCGUGGGCUGGAGAAAACAAAUCUGCUCUGCCAUUACUUGGCCGCUGAAUGCCUAAACGAAGCCAAGGAAUACCAAGCUGCACUGGAAAUCCUCAAUUCGGUUGACUGCGAAACACUACCGUGUGCUAUGGGCGGCCGAAAUGGUUCAUGCACAACAACGAGCAUGAAGGAUGAUUCUAUCACGGACGAAAGCCAUGAUGGUAGCGUAUAUGAGGAACCGUUUAAAAACGACAUCAUUGCGUCGGUGUACUUUCUCAAGGGUAAGGUGUUGGAAUCAAUGGAUAACCGCAGUCUAGCGAUGGAUUGUUACGUUCAAGCGUUGCACAAGUCAGUUUACUGUACCGAAGCACUCGAUGCGCUGGUGCAACAUGACAUGCUGAUGGCCUGGGAGGAAAAGGAACUGAUACAGCACAUUCCAAUGGUGCAGCAAUGUACGGAAGCGGAGAGAAAGGUUCUCAAGCGAUUGUACGAGAGUAAGCUGAAGAAAUAUUAUGAAUCGAUUGCAAUGCAAGCCAAUCUGGAUGAUCCACCCGUAUCCUUAAUGAACACUAGCCUUUGGCACGAGCUGAAGGAAAAGAUGAAAAAUUGUAAAAACAACGAAACGAGUAAAUCCUCCACCUCGAAAAGCUUCACGCCAGGGCCACGCUCAAAACAGAAACCAACCGAGAUCAUGUCGCCAGCGAACAAAAUACUGGAAGAUCUUAAGAACAAUCCAUCCUACUUGAUCCACACCUCCUUAACAAGAGCAUCACUGCUCGGCACGAGCUUGACUGGGGGUUCCACAAUGCUCAGUGCUGGAGGAACAAACAACUCGCGCCAUGAAACGCCUUUCCGCAUCAAUCGUCCAAAGAUUAACUCCGCAGCAUCGACUAUUCCGUAUGAUCAGUGUAUGGAUAAGCUAGAAUCAAGCAUAGAUUUAAUGAUCGCUCGGGCAGAAAAAUACUUCUACAACUGUGACUACCGGCGAUGUAUAAAAAUGCUGGAGGAAAUUCUGAAAAAGGAUCCAUACCACAAGCGAUCGCUCACGGUACAGAUAGGAUGCCUGAUGGAGAUGAAGGACUGCAAUCGACUGUUCUAUGUCGCCCACAAACUAGUUGACUUCUAUCCGGAUGACGCCAUUUCAUGGUAUGCGGUCGGGUGCUACUACGAUCUGAUCGGCAAAAGCGAUCCAGCAAGACGAUACCUUUCAAAGGCAACGGCACUCGACCGACUCUACGGCCCGGCCUGGUUAGCUUACGGGCACUCGUUCGCCAAGGAAAACGAACAUGACCAGGCGAUGGCAGCAUACUUUAAAGCAACGCAGCUGAUGCGCGGAUGCCAUCUACCCCUGCUGUACAUCGGCGUCGAGUGUGGUCUGACAAAGAAUCACGCGAUGGCGGAAAAAUUUUUCUACCAAGCAAUGUCGAUUGCACCGUUGGAUGUGUUCGUUUUGCACGAGCUGGGUGUAUUAAAGUACGAGUGUGAAGUUUACGAAUGCGCAGAGGAAAUUUUCCGCAGCACUCUGGAAAUGGUGCGAACGAUGGUGAAACAGAAUAAUGAACAGUUGACUGCCCGCUGGGAACCAUUGCUUAAUAACCUUGGCCAUUGCUGCAGGAAAAACAAAAAGUACGAGGAAGCGUUAGAAUUUCAUCGAUGGGCUUUGUCGCUGAAGCCACUGAAUGCGGCAACAUACACCGCAAUCGGAUUUGUGCAAGCAUUAAUGGGUCAACUGUACGAUGCGGUAGAUUCUUUUCACAAGAGUUUGUCUCUCAAACGAGACGACUUGUUCACCACCACGAUACUGAAAUAUGUGAUCGAAGAUCUGACGGAAGAGCAAACGCUUCCAUUCAACUCCGCGGAAGGCACAGAGGAGGAGGAUGACGAUAAGGAGAGCGAUAAAGCGGAUUUGUUGAAGGACGACGGAGCUAAAACAUCGGCUGAACCGGAGUCGCGCAGCGUCAACGAAGGAGAGAGUGAGGAGGUCAGUGGUAGCGUUCCUAGACCUACACUGCGAAUGCAGUUGAAUUUUGACGAAUGGUACACGAAAACAUCUCCGAUGAGCGAUACAAGUGCGGAUGAUAUGAGUAUCGAUAUAUAA